AUGGCAGACAAAGGCUCGAGGCAGGAGAGGCAGGCCACAAGAAACAGUGGAACUGGAUCCACGGUGGAAAAGCCGCAGCCGCCCAAAGUUCCAGAGACACAGGGGGACAUCGUGCCUGCACGGCUCACUGAGGCGGAGGCAGUGGGGCUCAAGGCUCGCGAGGAGGGUGAGGAGGUGGUGGGCGACAUCUUGGCCGAGCGGCUGGACCGAGUCAUGGAUUCUGUCUUCAGAGUCUACCAGGACCGGCAAUGCAUUCCAUAUACAAUCAGCUGGGCACGGGAGACCAUGCGCUUCAUGCCCCGGGAUGAGGGAGAACCCCACCUGCAGCCCUGGCACGCAGAACCGCUCGGUGCACCGCCGCACAGAAUGGGCCGCAAGCCUGCGAUGGCGCGCCUGGACCCCGCGAGCCUGCCGUGCCGCUGGGUGUGCCCGCAGGUGGAGGUUCUGGUUCCACUCUCCACGGCACCUCCCCCGGAAGCCUACCGCAGGCCCCAACGGGGCGAGAAGAUGGAGGCCCCGGCCGGACUGCCAGCCUCUGGUCGGGGGCUCCCCAGUGUGGCCCACAACCCCCCCAGUGUGGCCUGCCGCCCCAGAUCCAAAAUAUGGCCAAGUGCCAAGUGGCCCAUCGGCUUGGAGGCCGAGGCCAAGCUGCUGGAUGAGCUGUGGGAGGGCCACAGGAUACCCCCACAGGGCCUGGUCCUCGGGGAUCAGGAGAUCCAGGAUCCUCACAAGCGGCCUCACCCUGCCCCUAGAGUUCUCGAGCCCACGUUCCAUGUGAAGGGGAAGCCCUUGCUGCGGCUGGAAGAGAUGAAGCUGCCUCCUGGUGUGAGCGCGUGGAACCCAGCUACCCAAGAGCUGCUUCGCUGUGCUGAACUUCAACAGGAGGACGAAGAGGACAGCACCUCUCCUCCUCCCAUCCAAACGAGUGCCCCAGAACCCGAGGUGACGGUGGCAGAGCUAACGAAGAACUUAGAGCCGGAAAUAUCGAUUCUCCCCUCCAAGAAAGUUUAUGCGGAAAUUAUAUGUGAGAGAAAACGGGGAAUAAGCUGGAAGAAGUGGGGAGAAGAUGGGAGAUCCACCAGACUGUCAUCCAAGUCUGACCCUGAGUGA